AUGUCCCAGAGCUUGCGAUGGUUCCUCGUGUUGCCAGUGCUCCAGGCCGCCAAGAUUUACAAGUGCAAGUGGCCACGUUCAGUUUUAAGCAGUGGCGAUCCCAACCUCACUGUAACCUUGGCAGAUGCUUCGGAAGUCCGAUGUGAUAGGACGGGAGAUGCAAGCUUCCUCUGUCCUGCGGCCUGCGACUACAUCCAGAGUGAGCCAUACCAAUGCGUGGGGCCCAUUGAAGAUGGAGACGUGUGCAAUACGGUCUGGGGGAGCAGCAGCCUAAGCUACUACAAAAUGACGAGUUAUAACGACACUCAAGCAUGCACCCAGCGGUUCAACAGCGACUGCUCUGCAGACAUGGGAGGCGUCUUCUGUCAGGAGUUGCAGCAAUGCUACGGCUCGUAUCAAGAGGUCAUCUUCGACCAGCCGACCUUUUUGGCCAAGUACGGUUACGAGCCUAGCUUCUUGCUACAGCCCUUCGAGAUCUUGGAGCCUCCGUCUUGCUAUUCCCUCACCGGACCAGAGUGCUGCAUGGCCAACAUCAACUUCUUCCGCUGCCUACACGACGCUCCGCCGGUGAUUUACCAUGAAGGUAUCGCCGGAAGCGCCCAAGAGUGGGCCCAGAAGCCAGACAAGCCAUCGAUCCAUUCUGGUUGGGGGGGCAGCUUCUACCCCGAGUACACAGAGGUGCUGACCUGGGGCACCGACUCCUGCACCCGAGGUGUGAAUUCGUGGUACCAAGAGAUCGGUGUUCACAACUUCAGCAUUCCAGCCGUGCAGAAUGCUGGCGGUUCCUAUAACAGCGGCCACAUGGUGAUCCUUCUUUGGCACAAUCAUACCAUGGUCGGCUGUGGCUUCGACAACACGCUCUCAGCUCCCAUCGUCGUUUGCGAUUUCUCCUGGCCUCACCAGGGCCACAAGGGCCCAGAGGCAUGGGAGGCCAACUUGAAGCCACGAAGUGAGACAGCAACACAACAGAUGUGCCGAGACCUUGCCAUUCAUUCCACAGGAUUUCCGAUGCUGAAAGCGGGACAAGAUCUCACAGCAGAAGAAGUCGCUUUGCUGCGGACUGCGAACGCAAGUGCCAUACUCGCAGCAAACAUUUCUGCAGGCUCCAGCAAUGCCACUGGGGCUGGAGAAUCGUCCACCACCACAACGGCAUCUCAGGUCACCAGCACAACAGCAUCUCAGGCUGACACCGAGGAGGAUUCGCAGUCGAACGAUAGCGGAGCCAACAUGACUAAUUCAGAGACGACGACGCCUAGGACCUCAACUCCGGCAAACGUCGGGCAGGCCUCAACCGAGAUUCCGUCUCUUGUUGUGAGCUCGUUGCUGAUUGCUCAAGUGCUCUGA